UAUUUUCUAAUGUUAGAGAAUCUUCCCAUAUUUAACGCAAGAGACUCACGUGAAUCGUGAUUGCGCCGCAUGUAGCAUUUGAGUUUCCAGAAGAAGACGACCCAGAUCAUGAACAAUCUGUACAAUGCAAUCCUGAGGGGAGCGAUCCGUCUUAGAGUUUCACGGUUUGGCGCGUGUGCAACAACUCCAGCUACCUUGAUCGAUUCCGAGGUUUCCGAGGGAGAUUGCUGUGCUUCUGAUUGUGGCAUCAUCGUCCAAGACAAGGACCUUCUCCGCAAGAGCAGGACCCACAAUUCCCCUACGGGGCUUCUUGUGCUUGAUCUAAUCGACCGUGGUUCCCUCGAACCAGACCGUACUUUGUACAAUAAGUUGUUGAAGAAAUGCACCCAGUUGGGAAUGGUUAAAGAAGGAAAAGCUUUGCACUUCCAUAUUCUCCGUUCGGAGUUCAGUAAUGACCUCGUUAUUCUUAACUCCGUUCUCAACAUGUAUGCUAAGUUUGGUGCUUUGGACGAUGCUCGUAAACUGUUCGGCGAAAUGCCUUGUAAAGACGUAGUCUCUUGGACUGCCUUGAUUGCUGGUUACUCUCAGAACGAUCGCGCUGAGGAUGCUCUUAUUUUGUUCCCUCAAAUGCUCCAACUCGGGUUUCAGCCCAAUCAGUUCACUUUGUCUAGCCUGUUAAAGGCUUCCGGGGCUGGGCCUGACGACAAGCAUGGCCGGCAACUCCACGCCUUUUCUUUUAAGUAUGGUUAUGAUUCCAAUGUUUAUGUGGGCAGUUCUCUUGUGGACAUGUAUGCUAGGUUUGGUCUUCUGGAUGAAGCACAGUUGAUCUUUGACGAAUUGGAAAGCAAGAACGAGGUGUCUUGGAAUGCUUUGAUUGCCGGGCAUGCUAGGAAGGGUCAAGGAGAGCAUGCUCUGAGUCUGUUCCGGGAGAUGCAGAGGGAAGAUCUUAGACCGACCCAGUUUACCUAUUCUAGUGUUUUUAGCGCUUGUGCAAGUACUGGGUCUCUGGAGCAAGGCAAAUGGGUUCAUGCACAUAUGACAAAAUCGGGGGUUAAGCUUGUUGCUUUUGUGGGAAACACUCUUCUUGACAUGUACUCGAAAUCAGGGAGCAUUGAGGAUGCAACAAAGGUUUUUGAUAGAUUGGGGAAACGAGACCUGGUUUCUUGGAAUUCAAUGCUAAAGGGAUAUGCACGACAUGGGCUUGGGAAGGAAACUUUGGAACGGUUUGAAGAAAUGCUCAGGAUUCCAAUUCAACCUAAUGAUGUAACCUUCCUUUGUGUCCUUCAUGCGUGUAGCCAUGCUGGGCUUUUGGAUGAAGGACAUUAUUAUUUUGAACUGAUGAAGAAGUACAUGAUAGAACCGCAUGUUGCUCAUUAUGUAACAAUUGUUGAUCUUCUUGGUCGAGCAGGUCUUCUCGAUCGAGCCUUGAAGUUCAUAAGUGAGAUGCCCAUUGAACCCACAGCAGCAGUCUGGAAGGCCUUGCUUGGUGCUUGUAGGAUGCAUAAGAAUAUGGAUUUAGGUGCUUAUGCUGCUGAACGUGUUUUUGAGCUCGACCCGUAUGAUUCGGGGCCCCACGUCUUGCUCUCUAAUAUCUAUGCCUCAGCUGGAAGAUGGGAUGACGUCAUGAAAGUGAGAAAAAUGAUGAAAGAGAGUGGAGUGAAGAAGCAACCUGCUUGUAGUUGGGUGGAGAUCGAGAAUACAGUCCAUUUGUUUGUGUCAAAUGACGAUGCCCACCUGCAAAGAGACGAGAUCCGCAGGAAAUGGGAGGAGAUCCUUGGAAAGAUCAAGGAGAUUGGAUAUGUCCCGGACACUAGCCAUGUGUUGUUGUUUGUGGAUGAGCACGAGAAGGAAGAAAAGUUGCAGUGCCAUAGUGAGAAGCUUGCUCUAGCAUUUGCCCUUCUCAAGACACCUCCCGGGUCAACCAUACGAAUCAAGAAGAACAUCAGAGUUUGUGGUGAUUGCCAUUCUGCAAUCAAGUUUGCAUCCAAGGUGGUGGAUAGAGAAAUCAUCGUGAGGGAUACCAAUCGAUUUCAUCGCUUCAGUGAUGGCUCAUGCUCUUGCGGGGACUACUGGUAGUGCUUACUACCUAAUCACCCACAAAGUCUCAAAAUCCGGUUUUUGUAUUGAUGAUGAUAAGUCACCAUGUUCGAGAUUUUCAGGGUUUAAGUUGGCAUGGCAAUGAGUUAUGCAUGAACCUCCAAUGUUUGCUAUGAUAUAUGGUUUUCAGAGUUUGUGUUGGGAAGAAAAAUUAUGUUGGCCUUUGAUGGGUAGUUAAUUUGUGAUGGCCGAGGAACUUUUGGAAGAUGGCUAAAGCGAGAGAAGGUAGCCAAGGCUCUUAAUUCUUAUCCAGGAGCAACCAUCAAUUAUUUCCAUAUUGGCAUGACUAAUCCCAUAAGGUUAUUGUAUAUGCUUCUGCAGUCUGGGACAGAAGCCCCGGAAGAUCCUCCUGAGGUUGUCUUUUUGGAAUGAAAUUAUUUCUUGCAUCAGAAUGGUUGAAUUCUCACCUAUGUUACAGCAACAUUAUGCAGGAGCUACUACAUUUCAUACGUACAGUUGAGGUAAUCAGAACCAUGGUGGACUAUACAAUGCAGCACAUUGACAAUGAUGAGAGCAAAAUCUGCGUGAAGGUUUGGGCAGAAACCAUCACGCAUAUGGUUUUUCUGAGCAGAAAAGCAAAAGGGAAGAGACCGGAGAUUGGAACUCUCUACCUAUACGGCUAUACGUAACAAUGAUAACAACCCGAUCAAGCAGAACAUCUGUUUAGAAAGUCCAGACGGAUCUGCAAGCAGCCCGCAUAUAUGGUUGGCUCGAAACUAUCUCGCGUAUAUGGUUUUUCUGAGCAGAAAGGCAAAAGGGAAGAGAUCGGAGGUUGUACUUUGUAGCUCUCUACUUUUACGUAACCAUGAUAACAGCCUCAUCCACCGGAACAUCUGUUUAGACAGUCUAGACGGAUCUGUACGUGGCUGGCUCUGUCAAUUAAAUAAUAACUGAUCUUUCUUGAAAUCAGUUGUAAAGUACGAACGAAUGUCAGAGCAUACACCAUAGAUUAUAGAGUUUUAUAUAUAGGCUUGUGCAUCCUAAGACAAGGAAAACGCUGUCAUGGAUGUUGCACCAAAACGCACCAUGUUGAAAUAUUGAAAAUUGUUGGCAUUUUGGACUAUUUAUUCGAUAUUAAGAUGUGACCCACCAUAUGAA